AUGCAGGCUGUGUGUGACCACCAGUGUCAAUUUUUAGACGUAUUUAUUGGGUACCCAGGGUCAGCGCAUGACUGGAGGGUUUUAAAGAAUAGCCCACUCUUUGUUCAGAGCCUGUUCCCACCUGAAGGCUACUGUCUUUUGGGUGAUGGGGGAUACCACUGUCUGUCACGGCCAAUCCCCCUAAUAACCCCCUACAGGGAGCCUGUGAGAGGUGCAGUGGAAGCCAGGUUUAACCGGCACCAUUCAAAGGCCUGUUCAGUUAUCGAGCGGGCCUUUGGUAUCAUGAAGGCUACAUGGCGCUCUGUCUUUUUCAAGGCCCUAGAAGUGAGCCCUGUGUUCUUUGUGGAGGUGGUGGCUUGUUGUGCCAUCCUCCACAAUUUCUGCCUCAGGAAUGGAGACACAAGGGAGCCAGUGGAAGAAACACUGAGGCCGGGUGAUGGUGACGGCCAGCUUCAGCCUGACUCGCAGUGUGAGGAGCGGCUGCAGGUACGCAUGGCUGCUGCCCUUUCAGUCCCUGUUGAAAAUCUGCCAGCUCUGGAUGAGAAUUCCAUGAAGAUCAUGGAGAGGGACAUGGAAGAGAGGAGAGUGAGGAGGACUGAAAGAGAGAAAAAGGCAGCUGCUCUCAAAGCCAAGGGGAAUGAAGCUUUUGCUCAUGAAGGCUAUGAAACUGCUGUGAUGUAUUACAGUGAUGGCUUAGCAGAGCUACGGGACAUGCAGCAAUUGUACACCAACCGAGCGCAAGCCUACAUCAAGCUGGGAAAGUAGGAGGAGACCACCAGUGAAUGGGCCCUGAGGUGUAAUGAGAAGUGCAUAAAGGCUUACCUACUCAUGGGGAAAGCAUAUCUGGUCCAGAAAUAUAAUGAGUCAAAAAGCUGUUUUGAAAAGAUCAUGGAAAUAGAACCUGGGAGGGACAAAAAGGUGAAAGGUACAGACCAGACCAUUUUUAGGCUGAACAAUGGCUUCAGUGUCAUCAGCAGCAAUGACAUGGUGAGGAGUUGCCUCAUGCAGGAAAAGAAGGACCCAGACAGCCAAUACAUGUGUAUGUGUGUUCUGAGACUAUGGAGAGCUAUUUGCAGUGGAAAUGAUGAAAACCAGAAGAUGAUGAUGAUAUGCCCGCACCACUUGGUGACAUCAGAGCAUGUUGCAAUACGGAAAGAAUGCCUGGCAUUAGUGCAUCUGUUAACACAGAAGCCACAUGGCAGAAGUUUGGCAGUUGACAAUCUGAAUAUGCACCUGUUGGUGAGGGAUCUUAUGGUGUGCAUUGAAGAGCAAGAGCAGCAAGGAGAUGAAAUUGGAUUAUGUCGCAUGGCACACCUGACGAUCUGUCACGGCACACAAGUGUGCCAUGGCACAGUGGUUGAAAAUCACUGGACUAGAGUAACUCGGGAACAUGCUACUUCACUCUGUGGCUGCUGUCUGGACCUGUUGAGGGAUAGUGAUGGAGCAGUCAUAGCUAGAGCCACAGGUGUGCUGAGCACUGUCCUCCCUCAGUCCCCAGAGGCCAUCCAGCACAUUAUUCAGAGUGAUGGGGUUCGGACAAUGCAUAGGCUGCUCAAGAAAAAGGGCCAGGCUGCUACUAAGUAUGCCAUUAAGACUCUUACAGUGUUCACUGCUGCCAGUCAGUUGGCACGGGAAGAACUGGUGAAGUCUGAUAAAAAACUGUCCAUUUUACGUUGUUUGCUGGGUUCCAGCUGUGACGAGAUGGUGACAGGAAAUGCAGCCCUGUGCUUGGCCCACUGCCUUGAGUUGGAGAGAAUUGCCAGCAACCUGCUGGGCACUGAUAUUGUGAUGUUACUUCUUUGCCACACUGCAGGGGACGCUAAGAGGACAGCUGUGAAGCAAAAUGCAGCCAUUGCUCUUGGAAAGCUGUGUCGAUCUGAGCCCUGGUACCCUCUCACCCCACUCUUUAUACCACAUGCUGUUGAUUACAUAAAAAACUUGCCUGAAGGAAAAUUGAUGGACUGGUUGAAAUGCCAUGCUGAGAAUAGGGUGGAUAAGGUUAUGAGACAUUAAGGCCUUGGUUGAAGAAACACAUGAGACAGAUCCAUGACUUUUAGCACAGGCUGAAUGGAAAUAAAAAAAAAUUAUUACAUUGAUAUAUAGCUUCUAAAAAAAUGU